CGGCUGCAAGUGGCAUGAUGUCGCCAAACUCCUCAACAUCGUCGCCGAUGUACUUUUCGAUGUUGACGGUGCAUUUACUCGUAUCGCGGGCAAGGUCAGUAAUUCACAUAGUUCCCUAUGUGAGAAUGUUAUAAGAAAAUAUGUUACCGUGUAUUUCACAAAUUCUUUAAUCGCUACACAAAUCUUAACGUUUUAUUAGAAUUUCGAAUAUGCUUUAAUUGCGUUGGUAUAAGGAACAUGUAUGUUCCUUUUUAACAAAAGAAAAAGGUUGAAAGGCCUGUACCCUAACGGUAUUAUCGACGGGGUCCACGGACCAAUGGCAGGCCGGCGAGCUUUACCUGCACCCCGGCCAUGUUUAGCGAUCCUUGACGCAUCUCAACAGCUGAUAGUACACCACCGACCGUCGUACAAACUGCUAUGAAAUAAAUACAACCGCAGUUUGUGCAGUGUUAAUCUCAGAUUAACUUUUACCUAUAGUCUCAUGUGCCGUGAUUAAAUCAUGAAAUCUUUUAAUUUACUCAAAGUGGUUAAAAAAGUUGUGGAUUUUUUUAUACUAACAUUGACAGAUGAUUUCGACUCCUCAGAGGUAACAUAUGUGAUGAGCAUGCUUUGAUCUUGUUUUGACAUUUUGUGUAAAAUACAUGCAUUCAAUAGUGACGCUAGUACUUUAGAAUAGAUACUCAGUAUGUGAGAUGCCAGGUCUGCGUAAAAUAUUGAUAGAGGAAAAGUAUUAACAUAGUGGUUGCAACGAAAUUGACUUACGAAUCCAACGUGGGGAAUGUUUGAUAUUUCAAUAGCGUUUCCGUUACGCAGCGCCGUACGUUGCGUCGGCUGACAACAUUGUGUCCAUUGUUAAGCUGAACACGAAUUGCACCGCUAAAGUUUGAACGUCGAGAUCGAUCAAUUAAACUAUGAAAUAUCCGACGGAGAUAAGGAGACGAUGAACAAAUAAAAUUUGUUUACAUUAUAACGAUAAGAAAACAUGAAGAGUAGUCAUGAUUUAAAACUAUUAGUUACUUUAACUCUGUGCUCGACCAUGCUAUGAAGAGAUAAGAGUACAACUGUUUUUGAUUAUGCUGGAUCUAUCAAGAUUAAGAUUGACCCGAGACUUCACAUGCGAUAGCCACAUUGUGAUGAUUAAUAACAAGUACGCGUGGAGAUGUCAGUGCGCGCACGCUACGCAUUAUUCACCCACUAACCCAUUUACUGAGCGCGUAUUGACAGAAUUGUCUUGGCGCUCGGGCUCGACGUUCGGAGAAAGAAAUCGCACGCAUCGCCGCGCCGGUGUCUAUAAUACCAAUACAUAUACGUCUAUCAUUAAAAAAAAUAUAUAUACUGAAAUUUGCUACUUUUGAUUGUCGUGGAAUUUAGAAGAUUUAGUAAGCGUCAAGGUUUUUCAAGUCGUAAUCGAACCGAAGACAAACAUUUAAGAAGUCCAUUCAAUGUAUACAAGUAUCUUAACGUGUAUUUGAAGGCUCGUAUUAAAUCGGCGGAGCAGCGGCAGCGGAUAAUGCGACGAAAUGCGCACGCGGCGGCACCUCGGAGUGCGCGGGAGGGCGCUCCCACGGGUUGCCGAUAUUUUUAGUCCGCGACCAUUACUUGGCACCGACGGCCGCACUCGCUUGCGCUACUGAUCUUUCUGAAAUCCCGUCCGUGCGGUGGUACGCUCCCGGUCCAGAGUACGCCCAGUAUAAUAUCCGCCGGCAAACCGUACGCCUCCUGUACCACUCCAUGAAAUACCUGACACAUUAAAACAUGUGAUGGCCUUUACUUGUUGAAUUACAAUGGUGAAACAGUGUUAUGUGAUGUGUAUAUCCCGGUUGAAGUGAUUCGGUGUUGCGACUAGUGAGUGCGAAAAGAGAUGGCCGGCGCAGGCGCGGGCGGCGCCGGCACGACCAGCCCGCGGCGUCAGCGCUACGGGCGCUCUUCCACCUCGAGCGUCACUCAACUGCUGUCGGACGGCUACUCCAGCAUCAUCAAUCGGCUGACGCGGCGCGGACCUUCGGAGAAAAACGACGCCGUCAUCGAUACUAAGCUGCACGCCGCGCGAACCCGUUAUGAUGACAAGCUUCUAGCUAAUAAAAACUCGGCCCUCACAAACGUCCGACGGUAUGACAACAAUAGCCAUAUCUCUCCUUACACGUCUCUCACGUCCGGAUUAUCCGGCUCUAUGCGGAAGUUGAACGACGAACGUGCGUAUCCGAGCUAUCUUGCGACCACUAAGUCCCGGAUCGAUACAUCACCUUUACAUACGAGCUCCGGUAUUAGCGCGCUAACUCGCAGUGACUCAUUCCGCAGAGCACAUUUGAAAGACAAUCAAUCGUCGCCGUUCACCAAACGUUACCCACUCAAGGAAGCUAACAACAAUAACAUAGAUCCUACGCUUAUGCUGGGCAGUACGCGCAGUCGAUUGGAAGACAAGUAUUCCUCCGUGCUGGAUAAAAUUGCGAUACAGAAAAAAGAAAGAGCUCGGAAAGAAAAGGAAGAUCGCGAUAAAACUCUGGAACCUGAACCGAUAGUGCCCCGGGGCCUGAUGAGAAGCCUCACCACUGCUGUGUUCGGUGAAAAUUCUUUCAAACGAAAUAUUUAUUCGCGCGAGAAGACAAGAGAUAAAACCCCCUUCAGAAAUACGGCCGACCGACGAUUAUCGUCUGGACAUAAACAUGGAGAUAGGAACGACUUUAAAAAUGGAUUCGAUGUCUCAAUCAAAGAUCGUCUCGGGAAGGACAGAGAUAGCGUUUACCGUCGACAUCAAAGGAGAUCGCUUCGAGCGGAAAAAAGUGAUGAGAAAAGAGGUGGAAAGUUAUCAUUGCGUCCCGUUGAUAUCAACAUACAAUCGGCGGCGCGCGAUCUUGUGUCGCCCCUGCAGCACGGUAGCGAUGUCAAGUCGCAAGCUACCAGGACCCCGGCGUCCUCGCCCGCCAGGGAGGCUGGCAGGCAGAAGCAGAUCUACUUCCCAUCCAGCGACGAAGACGACGACAAAACACCUGUGGGCGACCGAGUCCUCACCGAACGUGAAACUAGACGAAAAGAGAUACAAAGCCUGAUUAUGAAGUACGCGCAUUUAGAUGAAGUUUACGGACGUAUUACGGAAAAGGAGCCCAACGGUGCAGGUGCUGUAGCGAGCCCGGCACUCAGGCCGGAGCCGCUGGGGGUGGGUGAUGUGGUGGCGUUGCCGCCCGAGAUGCGCGCGCGCCGCCGCCCCCAGCGGCCCAGGCACCUGCUGCGGCGCGCCGCCACGCCGCCUGUAAGCACUCCUAACCGCCUGCGCCUGCCCCUCUUAACAUAUUGUACACCCGGACCGUGCUUAGUAAUUUAUGCUUUCCAAUAAAUGACUCUUUAACGAUUUAAUAUACAAGUGAACUAUAUGUACACUGUAGGAAGCUUAAAUAAUAAAAUAAAAAUAGUAAAUACGAACAUAGUAAGCAUUAUAUUGAAUGCAUGUGUUUUCCGAACAUUUAUAAAAGCGAAGGUAGUUUCAUUUACAUAUAUGAGUGGUUCUUUACAAAACUAAAUUAGAGCGGUAUUU